AUCAAGCCCUUAAAAGCAACAUUAACUAUUUUGUUGCUCACAACCAACACGCCCACUUCCCGAGGCUAUUACUUCAACUAAGAUUCAUGGCCAUGAACAUGAUAUCAUCAGAUCCUCUUGUUAUUGGUAGGGUGAUCGGAGAUGUAGUGGAUUAUUUCACUCCAACUGUGAAAAUGACUGUCACCUUCAACAAUAAGCAGGUCUACAACGGUCAUGAGUUUUUUCCCUCCUCAGUAACUACUAAGCCUAAGGUUCAGAUUCAUGAAGGCGAUAUGAGAUCCUUCUUCACUCUGGUCAUGACAGAUCCAGAUGUCCCUGGCCCUAGUGAUCCAUACCUGAGGGAACACUUACACUGGAUGGUCACAGAUAUCCCAGGCACAACGGACGCCACAUUUGGAACUGAGGUGGUGAAGUAUGAAAAUCCAAGGCCGAACAUAGGGAUCCAUAGGUUUGUGUUCCUCCUUUUCAAGCAGAAGCGCAGGCAGGGAGUGAUGAAAAUACCAAGUUCAAGGGACCUCUUUAACGCGAGAAACUUUGCAGAGGAGAAUGACCUGGGGCCUCCUGUGGCUGCUGUGUUUUUCAAUGCUCAAAGGGAAACUGCUGCCAGAAGACGUUGAAUUAAUGAACCAACCAACAAAUGGUAGUGCCACAAUGUGCUAAAGACUACUAAAGCAGCCUACAUAGGGUACGUGUCGUGUCCACCAAAUAAGUUUAGCUUGUUUCUGAGGGUGUGCUGUGGGGGCACUUUGUUCUAGUUCUGGUUACUUAAUGUUGGAAUUGCGUGCUGAACCUCAUCAAAAUAGCAUCAACUAUCAACUAUAUAUCCCUCUAGCUUGCAUUAAUAUUGGUUUCAGUUUGUAAUUAUUCAAGUUUUAAUUCACUUCUGAGUAAAUCAUAUAUGUGUCUGAGUUAAUUAGCAUGUAUGUAUGUAUGUAAGUUAUUAUUAAUUUAGUUG